AUGUUGGAGAGUGCUACGAGGAAAGAGAUGUGCCUGUUUAAUAGCAGGAUGGCUAUGAGCACUAGUUGUUCAGAGAAUGGUGAGGAAGCUGAAAAAAUCAGGGAGUUGGUAAAAGAAUCAUUUGAGUUGGCUGCAAAGGUUUGUUUUGGGGAUGUGUUGGGCCCACUGAAGAGGUUGGGUUUCUGGGUUGAUGGGAAGCAGCUCAUGGAUGUGACCAUGGGUAUGAUAAACUUCUAG